UUGUAUACUUUGUACUCGUACUUCGUAUACUACAUUACCAUUUACCACUACAUUGUUACAUGAUCAUUUUUAGCGAGAGAAAGAUAUUUGAAACCCAAAUUUUGAUCGAAUUAAACCAAAAAUUUGCGAAAAUAGCGGCGAAAAUGGAAAUGAUAAUGGAUUUCAUCAUCUUCUUCAAUUUCUCUGGGACUUUAAAUGGUAUGCUUAUGUGGUCCUGUUUUGGUGGAAUCAAAUCUUUAAUAAUGUGUAUGCACGGAAGUUUCCAGAGUUUAUUUCACGACUGGCAUCUUGGUCACUUGGCUGUUAGUGUUUAUGAGGGAAAGAACUAAAGAUUUCAUCAUGAGCAACUGUUUGACAAUAUAUUUACAUGGAGAUGAAGUUGCUACACCAUUGGUGGCCUGUUGUAUAGUGCUAUAGUGAUUGAAGAUAGAUAUAGUGAUCUGCAGGAUAAGCUGUUUGGUAAAGAUUCAGAAGCGCAUUGAUCAAAGUUGCCAAAUUCUUUAAGACAAAGUAUUCAAUAUUUUGGGCAAUUGAAAGAUUUAGAUGGGUAACACAACUUUCACAAUGAUCAUAAAUCUAUUACCAAAAGUCAAACUUUAUAAUUUACUACAACUCUUUAUAAUGUACGGAUUCAUUCAUCACCCUCAGCUGCUUUUCUUCUACGACUCUUCAAAAACUUGACAGUUGGAAAGCAGGUUCUUAUUGUAAUUCUCAGUUUCUCAUCUAGGCACAUUACUUGCUUAAGCCUUAUGAAGCAAACAAGAGAAGGGUCGAUAUGAGAAGAGCUUGAUACUUUAAAUACAAUGAGGGUAUUAGCCUUCCAAGGCGGAUUUUUCAAAUACCUCUGAAACAAACAUAUUCAAGCUGAGUUUGAGCUUCUGGAUAGUAUGGUGUAUGGCCACAUGCAACCAUUUAUGAGUAGCACUAUAAUGAUACUCAUAUAUGACAUGAAGCUUUUGAACAUGAGACAUGUUAUUAAUAAGGUGCAUUACUUUCUUACUCUGUCCUUAAAAUUUUGAAAGCGGUCUUUGAUUUUCAAUUUCUGUUUAUGCUUGAUGAUGUGUAACAAAAAACAAGGAAGCCUUCAUCUGAUUAAAAACUGUGGGAUGUUGUAACAUAUUUUGUUGGGAGAAGCAAUCAGGUAUGAUAGAGGAUUGAAUAAGCUUGUGGAUAUUCGUUUUAUCUUUUCAAUGCUUUUUUAAGUGAUGGAAAUAGGUAUAAUAGAGGAUUAAAUAAGCUUGUGGAUAUUCCUUUUAUCUUUUGUAUGCUUUCCUUACCUUAAGUGAUGAAAACAGUUCUGCUUUGGCUGUCUGCAUGAUUGAUAUUAGCCAACAUAAAUGCAUGAAUUUGCUCCAUCUAUUAGUAAUACAUAGUCCAUAAUCAAUUUCUACUGCAACACUCGGGCAAGUGUGUUUUCAGUGAGGCCUUUUGGUUUUCAUAGAGUUCAUCGCUUUAACAGCUUGGUGACUCUGAAUGACAAAUAUUCAUUGAUAUUGUUUCUUCAUCUCUGUGGUGAUGGGAGUUUGGUCUCUCUGAGAGCAUGGCUUAUGCUUUUCUGAAGGAUCAUUUACUAAAAGAAGUUCUAGAUUUGAAUCUUUUCAAAUGUCAGCUAAGCCUCAUUUUAUCCUCCAUAUUUGGUAGGUUUUCAAUGACACUUCAGUGAUGAUCAUACCUAGCACAUAAUGCACAUUGCAUACAUUUAUGGAGAUUUGAAUGUUGAUGGUCUUACCUAGCACAUAAGUACGCAUUGCAUGUGUCGUACUACCUAUUUUACCUUGUUGCAGACUCACAUUCCUCUCUUCCCCUUUUGAAUCAUGUAAUAGGUUUGAGGUGGUUGCUUAACUGAAAAUCCGACAUCAUGGCUUCAAGUGACUUACACUUCAUGCUCCAAGAUGUUCUGCUAUGUCUUUUCUUAAUUUCAAUUAGGAAUUACAUUCUUAAAAACAUACAGCCAGGAAUGGAAUUGUGAGAUAUGUUAUUUUAUGAAAUUAUUAUUGCUUCUUAGGUUUCAAUAGGUUGUAAGGAUAUGUAAUUGUUGUCUAAUUUUAGGAUAAUCCAUUUGAGUAGGUAUCUUUUACUACAGUAGCGGAUUAUGCAAAGUUUGAUAAAAUGAUUGGUUCCGAACUGUUUUGUACGGAGCAUAAUACUGUCAGAAUUGCCUUUGCUGAUUAAAUCUUUAUUUAUAAUGGUAUCAUUAUUUCUAACAUUCUGCAAAUUGUAUAUCCUCACUCUAUUGGGAUAUUUUGAGUAACUGCUUAUAUAAUUUUGCGAAUAGAUGUUUUGAUUUUAAAUUAAAUAUGAAACUUGCUUCCAUAGUAUGUCUUACAUAGUGAUCUCUCCUUCGUUCCUCUUCUGAAGUAUUUGAUAGUUUUGGAUAUUUUGGUGUGAUUGUAUUAUCAUAGAAUAUCGAAAAGGUAUAAGUUGCAUUAUCUCUAUAAUCAAAGUUGUGUUUCCAACCACUCAUUUUCGGUUUGUUUUCAAAAAUGGGUUUGUAUCGUCGACGUAAAAUAUUGCUUUCAUGCUUAAAAGCUGAGCUUAUUUAUGUGUAUGCCUUUGCUGUUUGCUCAUUGACGUUUUCACAAUUCGUCUCCUCUUGUGGUGUGAUUAGUAAGAUUGGUGCGGUGGACUUCUUGAGAAACUGCUAUUGAGUGGAGGAAACUUACAAUUUCCUCCUUCAUAAGCAGUGCAACACUACAACCUUUUUGGGUAUCGCUUAAAUAUAUCCAAUGCCCCAAAGCUAUUGUGAAGUUAUGAUGUCUUCAACCUCUAGAUGAUUUUCGUCAUUUUGCAGAUGGAUUGGAAUUCAUAUUACCGGAGAAAAGAUCGAAAGUGAGAGAAGCUGAUCUGAUGGAUAACGGCUCUAAAGAAGGUGUAGAUAGGAUCAGUGGGUUGCCUAAUGACAUCCUUUAUCACAUCCUAUCAUUUCUCCCAACUAAAUAUGCUGUAGCAACCAGUGUUUUCUCAACUAGAUGGAAAUACGUGUGGUCUUCUGUUCCCGUGCUUGACAUUGAUGCUAGCCUUCAUCGAGACUUUUUCUCUUUCCUCAACAUGUAUGGAAGUAAGGAUUCAGAGAUCUCCUUCAAGAGAUUUGUAAAUAGAGUAUUGCUUCUUAAUGAUACUCCUCAUAUCCAAAAGUUCCGUCUCAUUUAUGAGUGUCAUUAUACUGUUGCUCCGAUUCUUACAUGGUUGAAUGUAGCCAUUUCUCGUGAUAUUCUAGAGCUCGAACUUGACUUUUACCUGUCUGUUCCAAAAGAACUUAUCAAGUAUCCUAGGAACUUUUUCAUGUCCAACUCACUUGUUGUAUUGAAAUUAUCUCGCAUGCCUCUUAUUGUCCCUUCUGUGGUAUGCUUCCCUAUGCUUAAGGUUCUUGAAAUUAGGAGGGUUUUGUACCUAGAUGACAAGUGUACUCAAAACUUGCUUUUGGGUUGUCAAGUUCUUGAAGAGUUGGUAAUAGAAGAAAUCAUAAGGGAGAGGCCAAGGGUGAUAGAUAUUUCCAUACCUACAUUGAAAAAAAUUUCUUUUAGUUAUAAAUUUGUGACUGACAUAUCAGUAGACUGCCCCUAUAAAUUUGUCAUCAAUACCCCAAAUCUUCAGUACUUCCAUGUCAAAGGUCGUAUAUCAGAUGAUUUUGAGGUGAAGAGUUUGGCAUCUUUGACUGAUGUGCAUCUGGAUCUCCGCGAAACUGCUGUUGCUGCUGAAAACUACAAUGAUUGUUAUCAGCGUAUCUGUAAUUUCUUCAAAGGGUUAGCAAAUGCCAAGCUUCUUACUUUGUCUAUUGAUGUUGUUGAGUUGUUAUGCACAGCAACCGCUUAUUCAAAUUUGCCAAGGUUUUACAACAUGAAUACGUUGGCAUUAGGCAUUGGUUUAGAUCUUGAUUUUGGCUGGAAUCGGCUUGUGAGUGUUGUGACGGAGUUUAUUAAAUGCUCCCCUGAUUUAGAUGCUCUUACCCUAUAUAAUAAGCCAGGAAUUUUAAGGGAUGUAGAAGAAAUGCGCAGGAAUCCUCCUGAGGCUGCGCCUGAAUGUCUGCAAUCUCAUCUGAAGGGUAUUCUCAUUCAGGAGCUUUAUUCUAACUUCCUGCCUGAAGAUGUGGAAUAUCUGGCGCAGGAUGUGAAUGUUCUAAAGAGGCUGAAAAUAAAUUGUCAGUGUUCAUUCAUGCUCAAAUGCCAGCUUAAAUAUACUGCACCCGUCGAAUAAGAUUAGCUUUUUGGCUUGAAGAUCUUUUGAUGAGAAACUUGCAUUUUAUGUUGUUUCUUUUGCUGUAAUUUGGAGUAAUUUAAGUUUGCUGAUAUGAAUUAGCUCAUUCACCCUGGUUGUAAGGUGUGAAUGUUGAUGGAGUUCCUUAAAGUAUGAUGUGGAACCUUUUUUUUUUUUUUUUUGGAAAGGCAUGAUGCAGAACUUCUUUCUGUAGAAGAUAUUGUUCCUGAUUUAAGAUAUUUUGCAUUAAUAUGAAGGAUUAAAAUACAUUGAGA